CGCGGCCAGUCGCGGCAGUCGGUGACCGCGCAGGCGCGAAGUUGACGUGCGCAGACGCUCCGUAUACAGACGUCGCGAGUGCCAGUGAUGCGCUCUGAUUGGACCACUUAACUCAUUGAGGAGGGCUCGUCCUCGCGUCCUGCGGUACUCCUUAAUCUUACACAAUAACAUGAGGGCGUUAGUAGCAAUAGUGGUGGCCCUUCUAGGGACCCAUACGGAGUCAUCUCCGUUCCCGACAAAGCUGCAGACCUUCGCCCUUGAAGAGGUGAUACCACUGCGACCAGAGUUCUACCCGGAAAGACUUGCCGUCCAAUGGGUGUCAGACCAUGAGUACAUAUACAGCGAACCAUCCAUUGGCAUUAGGAAAUACGACGCAGACUCAAACACUUACGUCACAAUUUUGGACGUCGUGGAUUUGUUCAACUUAAAACAAUACUCCGUUUCAUCGUUUUCAAAAAAUGGAAAAUAUUUACUACUUACGUCAAAUAAAAGAAAAGUGUACCGGUACUCUAGUAUCGCCGACUAUUCCGUAUACAACCUUGAAAACAAGACAAUAACGAACAUUGCUUCGGGCCCCCUUCAGACUGUAGUCUGGGGUGGUGGGAAUUCCUUAGCUUAUGUCCAGAACAACAAUGUGUUCUAUGUGCCAGACUGCUCACGACCAGAUAUUAUAACUCCCCUUACCAACGAGGGGAUACCCGGAGAAGUCUACUACGGUGUUCCUGAUUGGAUUUACGAGGAGGAGGUAUUCAACGGCGCUGAAGCAUUAUGGUUCUCACCAAGUGGGGCUUACCUCGCAGUUGCCUCCUUCAAUGAUACCAACGUUGAGUCAGCAGUCUACCCCUUCUACGGUCAUCCAGCUGACAUCAACUUCCAAUACCCUCACGAAGUUCGCUUCAAGUAUCCCAAGUCAGGUCGCGAAAAUCCAGUAGUAGGACUGCGGGUGUUUAAACCGAACGACCCGACUACUGCUGCGUGGAACAUACCUGCCCCUGUUGACAUAGUAGGACUUGACCAUGUAUUGGGCAGAGUCAACUGGGCCUCAGACGAGAGUCUUAUAGUCCUCUGGCUGAAUAGAAGACAGAGCAUUAGCAUCCUAGUCAACUGCGAACUGCUCAACGACAAAUGCAGCAUCGUCAAGCAAAGAACCGAAGCCAACGGGUGGAUCGACAUCAGUGAACCCCUAUUCGACAAAACUGGAACGCAAAUGGUUGAGAUUGAGCCCCAGUACUUAGGAGAGAAGAGGUUCUUGCAUGCUACUCGGUUUGACUUCCCAAGUCAAGUUACUGAUGAUUUGACUGCUACUAAUUCGACAAUUACGGAGAUUGUUGGGUGGAAUAGAGAAGCGGAUGCUCUGUUUACUAUCGUGGCUCCUACAGAGGUGCCCUGGCAGAGGCAGCUGUGGGUGUGGCAGAGGGGGACGGCCAGGUGUGUGACGUGUCGGGAGCCGAUCUGCCACCACGUCUCAGCAAUGAUGUCUCCUAGCGCCAGCUAUGCAGUCGUAUCAUGCAGUACGACUAAUAUCCCACCGAAAACAUAUCUAUACAAUUCUCGGACAGACACCUUAAAACUAGUCAAAGAGAAUAAACGUCUGACGGACAAACUGUCGCAAUACGAGUUGCCGAUGGUUCUGUUCAACAAGAUCCCUCUGGGAGAUGACCUGGUGGCGCAUAUCAAGCUGCUACUACCGCCAGAGGUGAAGAAGAAUGAGAAGUAUCCCAUGGUAGUGAGAGUGUACUCGGGCCCUGGUACCACCAGAGUUAAGGACAAUUAUGAUUUAGAGUACUACACUACGUACUUAGCGACAAACCGGAGUUUCAUCUCGGCGUCCAUAGACGUGCGAGGGUCCGGAGUUAUGGGCGUGGAGGCUCUGUUUGCCAUCAACAAGGCUCUGGGCACUGUGGAGGUCACCGACACUCUGGCUGCUAUCAGACAGCUGUUGAACAUGUAUUCGUUCAUUGACCCCAAUCGCGUUGGAGUGUGGGGAUGGAGCUAUGGAGGUUUUGCUACUACCAUGAUGCUUAUUUUGGACGAUAAGAAGACGAUAGCCUGUGGUGCCGCGGUCGCCCCUGUUACGUCUUGGCUGUAUUAUGAUUCAAUAUACACGGAGCGUUACAUGGACACUCCUGUAGAGAAUGCUAUUGGCUACCAGCGCUCGGACCUAAUGGCGUCAGCGGAGAAGCUGCGCGGGCGCAAGUUCCUGCUGGUCCACGGCACGGGGGACGACAACGUGCACUACCAGCAUAGCCUGCAGCUGGCUAAAGUAUUGCAGCGGGCUGAUAUCGCUUUUGAGCAGAUGAGUUACACCGACGAGACCCAUUCGCUGCUGGGUGUCAGUCGACACUUCUACCACACAUUGGAUCACUUCUGGACGGAAUGUUUCAAUUCAUAAACCCAAACUCGCAAUACCAAAAGAGGUGUAAUUUGUGACUCGAAAUGAACGCUUGACGUGUGCUGCCGUGAUCUCUAAGACCCUUGUUUACAUUAAGCAUAAUAUUGAAUGUUUAAUAAAUAUAACCUUAUUUUAGUUUUA